CCCCGCCGCCCUGCCCUGUCCCGCCCCUAGGCGGUUGCUGGCGGCGGCCGCCGCCCUCCCUCGACCCAAUGGCGCGGCUGCGGCGUCAGUAAUGUGAAGCAGUGCACUGGCUUGUCCGGCCCCCGGGCCUGCAGCCCAUUACACCAUCGGCCGCGGCAGCCGCUGCAUCCCGAACGGCCUGGGAGGGCGGGUGCAGACAGCUCCGCGGGGCGGGGCGGAGCGAGCAGCGCGGCCGGAUUCAUUCCUGUGGGGCGCGGGGCAUGGAGGAGCUGUGCGGCCGCAGGCGGAGCGGGGCAGCCCGGGCGACGGGGACAACGGUUUCCAUUUGAAGGGGCGGCCGGAGCCGGAGCAGCGGACGGCGGGAGGACCAGCCCCGGGGCAGUUUGGUGCUCUGCUUCUCCGAUGUUGGAAUGCGAUAGGAGGGAACAUACUCUCAGUGGUUUUAUAUCCGUUCUGGGGCGCGGUGACUAACAUUGAACUUUGGCUCCUGUAACUUGCCUGCGUGGAGAGUUAGGCUGGAGCUUCGCUUUGAAGGGUCAAUCAAGCUCAGCCUCCCGACUGGACAUAAAUGGAUCUAAAGACAGCCGUGUUCAACGCAGCUCGCGAUGGCAAACUCCGGCUCCUCACCAAGUUGCUGGCAAGCAAAUCCAAAGAGGAGGUUUCCUCCUUGAUCUCGGAAAAAACAAACGGGGCCACACCACUCUUGAUGGCCGCCAGGUAUGGACACCUCGACAUGGUGGAGUUCCUUCUAGAGCAGUGCAGCGCUUCCAUCGAGGUCGGGGGCUCUGUCAAUUUCGACGGGGAAACCAUCGAGGGGGCCCCCCCUUUAUGGGCCGCUUCAGCAGCAGGACAUCUGAAGGUUGUCCAGUCUUUGUUAAAUCAUGGAGCAUCUGUCAACAACACGACUCUAACCAAUUCAACGCCUCUUCGAGCCGCAUGCUUCGAUGGCCACUUGGAAAUAGUGAAGUACCUUGUAGAACACAAAGCCGACUUGGAAGUGUCCAACCGCCAUGGCCAUACAUGCUUGAUGAUUUCAUGCUACAAAGGACACAAAGAGAUUGCUCAGUAUUUACUGGAAAAGGGGGCAGAUGUUAAUAGAAAAAGUGUUAAAGGCAAUACUGCAUUGCAUGAUUGUGCAGAGUCUGGAAGCUUGGACAUCAUGAAGAUGCUGCUUAUGUAUUGUGCCAAGAUGGAAAAAGAUGGCUAUGGGAUGACUCCUCUUCUCUCAGCAAGUGUGACUGGUCACACCAAUAUUGUGGAUUUUCUCACACACCAUGCCCAGACCAGCAAAACAGAACGUAUCAAUGCUCUAGAGCUUCUGGGAGCUACGUUUGUAGAUAAAAAAAGAGAUUUACUUGGGGCUCUGAAAUACUGGAAAAAGGCAAUGAACAUGAGGUACAGUGAUAGGACUAAUAUAAUUAGUAAACCAGUUCCACAGACACUAAUAAUGGCUUAUGAUUAUGCCAAGGAGGUAAACAGUGCAGAAGAGCUAGAAGGUCUUAUUGCUGAUCCUGAUGAGAUGAGAAUGCAAGCCCUGUUAAUUAGAGAACGUAUUCUCGGUCCUUCUCAUCCUGAUACCUCUUACUACAUUAGAUAUAGGGGCGCUGUCUAUGCCGACUCUGGAAACUUUAAACGAUGCAUCAACCUAUGGAAGUAUGCUUUGGAUAUGCAGCAGAGCAAUUUGGACCCUUUAAGUCCAAUGACUGCCAGCAGCUUGCUGUCUUUUGCGGAACUAUUUUCCUUUAUGCUACAGGACAGGGCUAAAGGCUUGCUGGGUACUACUGUUACAUUUGAUGAUCUCAUGGGCAUACUGUGCAAAAGCGUCCUUGAAAUUGAGCGAGCUAUCAAACAAACUCAGUGUCCAGCUGACCCAUUGCAAUUGAAUAAGGCUCUUUCCAUCAUUUUGCACUUAAUUUGCUUAUUAGAAAAAGUUCCUUGUACUCUAGAACAGGAUCAUUUCAAAAAGCAGACUAUCUACAGGUUUCUUAAGCUGCAUCCAAGAGGAAAGAAUAACUUCAGCCCUCUGCAUCUGGCUGUGGACAAGAAUACUACAUGUGUAGGGCGGUACCCUGUUUGUAAGUUUCCAUCUCUGCAAGUUACUGCGAUACUGAUAGAAUGUGGUGCUGAUGUGAACGUCAGGGACUCUGAUGACAACAGUCCUCUACAUAUCGCUGCUCUGAACAACCAUCCAGACAUCAUGAAUCUCCUUAUUAAAUCAGGUGCACAUUUUGAUGCCACAAACUUACACAAACAAACAGCUAGUGACUUACUGGACGAGAAGGAGAUAGCUAAAAAUUUGAUCCAGCCCAUAAAUCAUACCACAUUGCAGUGUCUCGCUGCUCGUGUCAUCGUGAAUCAUAGAAUAUAUUAUAAAGGGCAUAUCCCAGAAAAGCUAGAGACCUUUGUUUCACUUCAUAGAUGAUAAUUCGAACUGUACGUCAGCACUGUUAAAGCACGAAUUGGUAACAGUUGUUUCAUAACUGAGCACUGUUGUGAUAACACCAGCAUUCAUUUAGCUUGAUAUCAUUGUGCUCUCAUUGGCUAAAGCAUUGUAAGCAUCAAAUUUGCAGGAUUGGUUUCCCAGUAUUUAAUAUAAAUAUACCGUAUAAUAUAUUGUUUGUGAAUUAUUGAGAAAUGUGAUGUCAUAUUCAAAUUUCUAAAACUGUCUGCCAAAGGCCAUUCUGGUUUUGUUUGCUGUUGGGUGUCAGGGACAGAGUUAACUUUUCAGUGAUGUCUUUAUACUUUACUAGUUUGUGAAUUUUAUACAGUUGAAAGUCAUCCUCCCCGGCUCCCACUUCUUCAGUCUUCAAGUUUUGCCCGUUUCUACUUUUUUUUCUCCCUAACCAUUUCUGCUACAGUGUUCCCCGAACCUUUGGAUCCAUGCUAGGUCAUAAACCUUAUGGACUUGUUCACCAUUUGCAGUAACCAUAAGUGCUUUAUCUUCUCUAUGCACCGGCUUAAACUGGACUGUUGUGUGUUGGCAUAUUCUCUAUGCAGCAGUUGGUCAACUUAACUCAAAACACUGUUUUCUUAAGUUAGGAAGUCAUUUCACAAAAGUACUCUUAGAGCAUGUCAGUUUCUAGAGUUGCCGGUAAGCUAUUUGAGCUCAAGCUUUGUUUAGUUUUAUGUUUGGUUUGGUUUUGCUUUGUUUCUUCACAUCUGAGGUUUCUUUUCUUCAAUCCACAGAAAGUUUUUGGAUGCUAAAUUUGGGAAACAAAUCUAUUACAGCUCAUUAGCCCAGUUGAAUUUAGGUCUGUCAUCUUAGUCUGUCGUACAGGAAAGGAAGAACUUUCCGAAGUGACCUGCCUUUCAUACUGCUCCAGCGCUGUCCUGCUUGUGCUGAUGGUGUGACUAGGUAUAGAGAAUGGCUUCACUUUAACCUCAGUCUCUCAUACCACAGCUUAGAGAGUCACACUGAGCUCCCAGUCAUUGAACUGCAGACCACUUUUCGUUACACAAAGGCUAAAGCAUGUCAGUGGCAUGAUGCUUGCCCAGCCAGACCUCGGCAUCUCCGAUAAUUAAGGUAUUUAGUAUGCAAGUUACUGCCAUAGUAUCAAAGGUCAAUAACAGUCUUCUUUCUUUUUUCAAGUUUAUGUAUAUCUUUUAAAGAUAACGUGCAUGAAUUACUUUGAUCUCAAUUAUUUGUCACCCUAUUAAAGACAAAAGAUUGCACAGUGAUUUCUGUCCCCUAAUGAAAGCGUCUCCUUUCCUUCUCUCUCCCUGCCACUUGCCCUCCUCCCAGCUCUUUUUCUCCUCUCCCACUUAUUUUUUUUUCCUAUCAUAGAUUUGUUAAUGCCACAGAAAGGGCUUCUUUGACUUCAGAAAAGAUAAGUGGAAAUUGAAAAGAUUCAGGUAAUCACUCAGCACUUUACCGUACUCAGUAGAAUUUACAAUGGUACACAUUGCCCUGCAGAUGUAGUAAAAAAAAAAAAAAAAAAACUGUUCUGAAUGAAAUGCUCCUUAUUGAUUCUAGAAAAACAAGUCAGUUCCCCUGUGAACUGGAUGAUCUGGGUCACUUGGGUUUAGGGGAUGACGUUUAUUCUGAGGGUUGAUGUAAUGUUAUUUAAAGAAUUGUCAUUGCAAUCACAUUCAUCUUUAUUCAGUAAAAAUUUGUAAUAAAGAGUAGUAAAUAAAGAACAGUAGACUUUUUCAUUAAACAAUUGAGGUUUAAUUUUUUUAAAAGGUAUCUUUACUCAUUUUACUACGUUUUAAAUUUUACCAUUGGGAAAAUGAAUUAGUUAUCAGUGGGCUCUUUUCAACCUUAUGAAGAUGUUUUACUAUGUUUUAUUUACUGUGGGCAAGUCUCAUAAAAUAUUUGAGCUGCUAUACAUAAGAAUAAUAUGUCAUUUAGACAGAUAUUCUAGAAAUAUCAACCUAUUUUGAAAUCAUCUGCCUCUAACUUUAUGGUAUGAGAAUUAUAUAUGCUUGAUGCUUGAACUACCUUUUUUUUUUUUU